AGAAAAGGGCUAGGAAGUAGGACAGUAAACAGACUAGAGAAUCCAGGUAUAUUCAGUUUCCAGCUAACCUGUCUAAUCAAUAAAUGUUUAGUUUACAGUAUCUGAAUUAUGGUAUCAGCACAUAAGCUAACUAAUAUUUUGAAUUACUUUAUGGUGGCUCUGCAUGGUGGCCUGUGGUUCAGUUUUGACAUUACCAUCCUUGUACAGCAAUGAUUGUGCAAUUAUUUGACCUGAUAAAUACACUUCUAAUUACAUACUGCCUUUUAGUUACACACAUUUAUUACUUCCAAAUAUUUAUCAAGUGCCUGCUGUGUUCUAGGAGUAAGGAUACAGUGAUGAACAAAACAGACAAGAUCUCUGAUCUCCUGUACUUUACAUUUUGAUGGGCAAAAACUGAUAAUGAACAAGUAAAACACCAAAUAAUAAGUUCUGUGUAAAAAAGUAUAAUUGGAUGAUGUGAUAUAGAGUGACAAUAUGAUUUCUUUAGAUGUUCAGAGAGACAUUCAACUAUGAAGCUAACAUUUAACCAAGGACUGAAUGAAGAGUCAGCUAUACAGUGAUCAUAGAGAUGGCUUUUCCAGACAGGGAAGAGGUGGUGCUAAGAUAUUAAUGUUGGAAUAAGUUUAGCAUGUUCAAAGAACAGAAAGAACGACCACUGGCUGGAGCUUGGCGAGCAAAGGGGGAAAUGUUACGAGGAAAGAAUACCCACCUCAUGUCCAAAAAUUUGAAAGUAAUCCUGUAAGGUUAAGUCGGCCCCAAGGUGUUGAUCGUAUAAUGAAAAAAACAGAAGAGUCUGAAUCACAGCUGGAGUCUGAAAUUAAAAGGAAAGUCGCACAGAAACGUCACAGUAGUGCAUAUCAGUCUACCCCACCUUCUCUGUCUCCUGCUUCCAAAAAAUGUUUAACUGAUUUAGAGGCUUCUAAGCAGUGUGGAUAUUGUCCAAAAUGUGGAAAAGAAAAAGAAAAUCAGACCAAAUGCCAAAGCUGUGGUAUUCCUUUUCCUAAGGAUUUGCAAAGAAAUUGCAGACAAGCUGUAACUUUGAAUGAAUCUACUGGACUAUUAAGAACGUCAAUUCAUCAGAAUUCUGGAGGACAGAAGUCACAAACCACAGCAUUACCAGCCAAGAAGUUUUAUGGCAACAGUGUGGGAAAGGUUCCAAUUGAUAUUAUUGUGAAUUGUGAUGAUAGUGGACAGAAUUAUUUACAGACUAAUGGGAAAGUCAUUUUACCAAGGGCAAAAGUAGCCAAAAUCACAAACCUGAAAGAAAGGAAAACAAGCCUGUUAGACCUAAAUGAUCCAAUCAUUUUGUCCAGUGAUGAUGAUGAUGAUGAUGAUGAUGACAGUGACAGGACUAACAGAAGAGAAAGCAUCUCUCCUCAGCCUGCUGAUUCAGCAUGUUCUUCCCCAGCACCAUCCACUGGAAAAGUAGAAGCAGCACUAAAUGAGAACACCUGUAGAGUGGAGCGUGAACUAAGAAGCAUUCCAGCAGAUUCAGAAUUAAAUACAGUUACAUUGCCAAGAAAAGCAAGAAUGAAAGACCAGUUUGGUAAUCCUAUUAUCCAAACACCUCUAAAACGUCGUAAAGUGAUUUCUCAAGAAACUUUAGUUGAUCCUGUAUCUUUAAGCUGCCAAAGUUCCUUUGAUAGUGUAAUUUUAAACUGUCGAAGUAUACGAGUAGGAACACUCUUCCGACUAUUAAUAGAGCCUGUAAUUUUUUGUUUAGAUUUUAUCAAGAUACAGCUAGAAGAACCAGAAAAUAAACCUGUAGGGAUUACUUUAAAUACCUCUGAUCUAACGAAAUGUGAAUGGUGUAAUGUCCGAAAAUUACCGGUAGUGUUUCUUCAGACGACACCAGCAGUUUAUCAGAAGCUGAGCAUGCAACUGCAGAUGAACAAGGAGGAUAAAGUUUGGAAUGAUUGUAAAGGAAUAAAUAAGUUAACAAAUUUGGAAGAACAAUACAUAAUUCUAAUUUUUCAAAAUGGCCUUGAUCCUCAGGCAAAUAUGGUAUUUGAAAAUAUCAUUACUGACAUUGGUAUAAAGAAUAAUGUGUCAAAUUUUUUUGCGAAAAUUCCCUUUGAUGAAGCCAAUAGCAGACUUGUUGCCUGUACAAGAACCUAUGAGGAGAGCAUCAAAGGAAGUUGUGUGCAAAAAGAAAACAAAAUAAAAAAUGUGACUCUUGAAUCUAAAAUACAACUUAAAAGCAAACAAGAAUUCCAGUUUUUUGAUGAUGAGGAGGAAAGUGGAGAGAGCCACACCAUCUUCAUGGGCCCUGUAGAAAAAUUGAUAGUAUAUCCACCACCUCCAGCUAAGGGAGGCAUCUCCGUUACUAAUGAGGACCUGCAUUGUCUAAGUGAAGGAGAAUUUUUAAAUGAUGUUAUUAUAGACUUUUAUUUGAAAUAUUUGGUGCUUGAAAAAUUGAAGAAAGAAGAAGCUGACCGAAUUCAUAUAUUCAGUUCUUUUUUCUAUAAACGCCUUAAUCAAAGAGAGAGGAGAAAUCUUCAUGAAACAACUAAUCUAUCAAUACAGCAGAAGCGACAUGGAAGAGUAAAAACAUGGACCCGACAUGUAGAUAUUUUUGAGAAAGAUUUUAUUUUUGUACCCCUUAAUGAAGCUGCACACUGGUUUUUGGCUGUUGUUUGUUUCCCUGGUUUGGAAAAACCAAAGUAUGAACCUAAUCCUCAUUACCAUGAAAAUACAGUCACGCAAAAAUGUUCAACUGUAGAGGACAGUUGUAUUUCUUCUCCUUCAGCCAGUGAAAUGGACAGUUGUUCACAAAACUCUGCUGCCAAGCCUGUAAUUAAGAAGAUGCUAAACAGAAAGCAUUGCAUAGCUGUAAUUGAUUCAAAUAAUGAACAGGAAGAAAGUGACCCUCGUUAUCGGAGAAACGUAAGCAGUGUGAAAUGUAGUCUGAAAAAAAUAAAUCAUACUGCAAGUGAAAAUGAAGAAUGGAAUAAAGGAGAAUCUGCAUGCCAGAGAGUUGUUGAUAGGACUAAAAGUGAGAAUGGCCUACAGAAUGAAUAUUUAAGUUCUAUGCACCAUACAGAUGGCUUAAGCAAAAUCAGACUAAACUACAGUGAUGAAUCAGCUGAAAGUAGUAAAAUGCUUGAAGAUGAACUCAUCGACUUCUCAGAAGAUCAAGAUAACCAGGAUGAUAGCAGUGAUGAUGGAUUCCUUGCUGAUGACAACUGCAAUUCAGAAAUAGGACAGUGGCAUUUAAAGCCUACUAUCUGUAAACAACCUUGUAUCCUAUUGAUGGACUCACUCAGAGGCCCUUCUCGGUCAAAUGUUGUAAAAAUUCUAAGAGAGUAUUUAGAGGUGGAAUGGGAAGUUAAAAAAGGAAGCAAAAGAAGUUUUUCCAAAGAUGUUAUGAAAGGCUCUAAUCCAAAAGUACCCCAGCAAAACAACUUCAGUGAUUGUGGUGUAUACGUAUUGCAGUAUGUAGAAAGCUUUUUUGAGAAUCCAAUUCUCAAUUUUGAACUACCUAUGAAUUUGGCAAACUGGUUUCCUCCCCCAAGAAUGAGAACAAAAAGAGAAGAAAUCCGAAAUAUAAUUCUGAAGCUGCAGGAAGAUCAGAGCAAAGAGAAAAAGAAGCAUAAGGACACUUAUUCAACAGAAACGUCUUUAGGCGAAGGAGCAGAGCAAUAUGUCAAUAGCAUAUCAGAUUGACCAUUUCUGAUGCUUCUCAGUAUUGCCUUCAGAAACUGAGUGACUUUCAAGGGUAUAGACAGUAAAGAACUGAAGUGCUCACUGCGCAGUGAUUUGGAAAUGUUAAUGCUUGUAUAAAUGUCAUAUAAUUUCCAAUGGAGUAUGUAUUAAGUAAAAGUCUGUAAAUAUGUUAAUGAGGCCAAUUUUUCCAGCAUUUAUAAUUAUUUUUUUCACUUGUUAGGAAGCUUUUGUUAUGUAUUUUCUGUUAAUAGUACUUAAAACUGCAACUUCUAAACACAAAAUAAAUAAAAAGAAAAUAUUUAUAG